CACACUGGAAAAUUCAGCCGAAAAACGAAACAACAGGUUCGCAGUUAAUUUUGGAGAGGAGAGCAGGCAGUUAUCAUGAGCAAGGAAAUCUCUUUGGCCACCGUGAAGCAGCACAACAAGGCCACGGAUCUGUGGGUGGUCAUCAACAACAAGGUGUACGAUGUAACCAAAUUCCGGCUCGAGCAUCCCGGUGGCGAGGACUCCUUGGUGGAAGUAGCCGGUCGCGAUGCCACCAAAGACUUCAAUGAUGUGGGUCACAGUUCGGAGGCAAGGGAGAUGCUAAAGAAAUACUACAUUGGUGACCUGGCUGCUGCUGAUAUUCCCAAGAAGAGUGCAAUUAGCUGCCGCAAUGCCGCGUUGGCCUUGGGCGCCGCCUUUCUUGGCAUCACUCUGGUCUAUGUGCUCCGACGUGGAUUGGCCAAGAAUUAAUAUGCUGCCAGAGGAUCUGAAUACCAUCUUCAUUCCGUGAUUCCAGAGAUAUUUUUCCAAUGCGAAACAUAAUUUUCCAUACAUUUGAUACGAAAUAAACUGUAAAAAUUGCUUAGACA